CAUAAUUUAGGAUUGCACUUUCACACGGUUUUAAAUACCAUAACCUUUAAGUGCAAUACAUUUGUCCUGGAAAAUGCAGUGUAAAUUAUGUGUUCAAUCAGAUUAUCCUCAUCACUACUACAAAGUACACAAACCAAACGUUUCAGAACCAUAUGUAUCCCCACAUGUAAACAGACAGUCAAUCAUAAUUGAUUCCAAGACAGGGGCUCGUAAAUCCCCUUUCACAACUCGGCUUACUCUAAAGUUUUCUGACGUACGCACUAUGAAGAAUUUGUUUGAAAAAGGUUUGGAGACUUCACGCUUUCAACCCUGUUUAGGACGACGUUCUAGUCCAAAUGAAAAAUAUACUUGGUUAACUUAUAUAGAAGUAGAUGACAAAAUACAGGCAUUUGGAUCAGCUUUAGUGAAAGUUGCUUCUCAUAUUCCAUGGAGUGAUAAUUGUGUUGGUAUUUUUGGUCGGAAUUCACCCGAGUGGUUUAUUGCGCAGCACGCCUGUGCAGCUUAUGGGUUCCCAAUAGUUCCUAUCUAUGCAACUUUAGGUGAUGAAGCCAUGCAACAUAUCCUUAAGCUAACUGAACUACGUGUUGUUGUGUGUGACUCGGGUGAAGAAAUAUGCCGUGUCUUAGAACAAUCAUUGUCCUUCAUCAAUUUAGUAAUCGUAGUAAACGAUGGUCCUAAAGUCGCAGAAGCCAAGGUUCGGUUUUCAUCAAAUGUGAAAAUCUAUUUAUUUGAUGAAUUUUUAGCUAUUGGAAUUAAAUAUCAUAUUCCAAAAACUGAUCCUAAACCAGAUGAUUUAUAUAUGAUUUGCUUUACCAGUGGAAGCACAGGUUUACCAAAAGGUGUGAUGAUCGAACAGCAACAAAUUGUCGAUGCAGUCUUUGGAAUCAUUGAAAAUACUGAAGAGAAGUGCUGUAAUAAAUUAUCAACGCAUCUUUCAUAUUUGCCAUUUGCUCAUAUCAUGGAGCAAGUAAACUCUUCUGUUGUCAUUCUUGAAGGAGCUAAAAUUGGGUUCUUGACAAGUACUGUCGAUGGACUACUUGCUGAUUGUGAAAGUCUAAAGCCAACUGUAUUAACUGCUGUUCCACGUGUUUUAUCCCGUAUUUAUACCAAGUAUUAUGAAGCCAUUGAAGGAUCAGCUCUAAAAACUCGUUUGGUUAAUCAUGUGAUAAAGCAAAAGCUUGGUGAACAAAAACGGGGGAAAUUUAAUCAUCAAAGUAUUUUGGACACGCUUUGCUUUAAAAAACUUCAUCAAUCUCUUGGUGGACGUAUUUGUGGAAUAAUAACGGGCGGUGCUCCUUUGAUGCCCGAAAUUACACAGUUUAUGCGUGCUGUAUUUAAUGGACUUGUUGUCGAAGGCUUUGGUUGCACAGAGACUAUGGGAGUUGUAACCGUAUCUUUAGUCGGAGAAUUUCGUGUUGGUGCUUUGGGUGCCGUUGCUUAUGGUGUAGAAGUAAAAUUGGCCGACGUAUUAGAUUUAGGUCUUGUUGUCAAAAGAGAUAAUCGAGGAGAGAUAUGUGUGAAAGGUAAGCGUUGCACCAAAGGUUACUACAAAGAUCCUCAAAGUACAGCGCUGCUAAUUGACUCAGACGGUUGGUUACAUACUGGAGAUAUAGGAGAAUGGACCCCAGAAGGUUCAUUGAUGUUGGUUGAUCGUGUUAAAAGUAUUUUCAAGUUGGCUCAAGGUGAAUAUGUAGCACCAGAAAAACUGGAGGCACUUUAUCAAAGUUGUAGUCUAAUUAAUCAAAUUUUUAUUGAUGCCAAUCCUAAAUCCAUUUAUCCUGUAGCUAUAAUAGUUCCAAACUUCAACGAAUUACGUGAAUCACUUAGCAAAACAGAUCAUGAAUUGGUUAAUUUAUCCGAUCAUGAUUUAUGUCAACAUGAAUCUGUCCUUCGAAAAUAUCUAAAUGUUUUGGAUCAAAUCGCCAAUGAAAGAUUUCUGAAAGGAUUUGAAAAAUUGAAGAAGAUCCAUCUGACUGAUGAAACUUUCACAAUAGAAAAUGGGUUGCUCACUCCAACAUUCAAGAUUUCCCGAUAUAGAGCCAGAAAGCUGUAUUCUGAAAUUAUAAACAGAUUAUGUGACGAAGUUAUGGCUACAGAAAAUCAUAAAUAGGAUGAGAAUUAAAAGCUGUUAUACUUGACACGAACGUUACUAUAUUCAUCAUAUGUUUCUUGUAUAACUUCAUAACUUUUUUAUAUGUGAUUAUUUUCAGAAUAUCCAGUUAUAUCAUUAUUUUUUCUUGCAUUCUGGUUUUUAUGAUGGUCUCUGUUCUGUUUGUUUAUUUAUUUCUGUUUGGUAUUCACAUGACUAAUAAUUUUAGACAAUAGUGAUGAUGGCAUAAACUGACAUUAAAUUUGCUGACUUCUGGUAUUCUUUUGCUCAAAUAAUAUUAUUUCUCUGAUUUUUUCGAAGUAUUUUUAUUUACUUUCUUUCUAUUAUAGACUUGUAUGAAAGAAACAAUUUUUCGUAUUCCUUUUAUCUAAUUUCAUUAUUUGCAAACAUUUGUUGUCCAAUGUUAUCCCCCUCCUAAAGUUGUUGUUUAUUAUUUAUAUUUUAUCUGAAGAUAUCAUUGUAAGCUGAGAAAACUCGACAUUUCUCAAUUGCUUGAAUUCCCUUUAGUUGAGUAUCAACUUUGGAAACUCAUAUUGUCGUAAACGAAGACUCCUAGUUGGGAGGAACAUCUUAUUGUUUAAUGCAAAAUUACAGAGUUCUUUGGUAGAAUAUGAAAAUCAUACAUUAAAUACUACAUUUGCAUAUCUUUCUUCACUUGUCACUUGCAAAUUUCAUCAUUUCUAUUGUUAUUACGAUUACUCUUUUUCAUUCGUGUUUUCUAUUUUAUCUUUUCUACCUUCUGCCGACAGGCAUUCCACUUCUGAUUGAUAUUACAUACUACUUAUGUACAUCGAUAAGUAGCAUACACCACUAUACAAGUAGAAAGCAUGAAGGGAUUCUUUGGAAAUUAGUCUGCAAGUCAUAUUCUUUAUGGGUUGAUCUCAGUUGGAAUGCCAUUGUAAGCCAGGGAGAACUGGAUAGUUUCUCCUUUCUGUUUUGUGACUCCUCACCAGUGAACAUCCAUGACUCUCACUCUUCAGGAUCUUCUGAGAAGUCUUAAGGUGCUCUCUUCGAUCUUUGGUACAACUACCCACUGCUGAAUACGACAAUACUAAGAGGGAAUAUCUAUCCAGUUUUCACAAAUGAGAUCAACCCAUAAUGAACAUCAUGUGCAAAAAUAAUAAAAAUGGACAAGCUUCUUUGAUGGAUUCAUUCAUUCUUUAAGUGAUAAGUUUAGCUCUUUAAUAUCCUUUUUUCUUGUAUCACUUGUCAGUAAAUUUCAAACUAGCCUGAAGAAUAUGGCUAAUUAUCUGCGGUAUCAAAAACAAUGUAGCGAGUAAUAUGAGACUGAAAUGCAAAUGAUCAUUAUGAAUUACAAAUGUAUGAAAUAAAUAAUAAAAUGCGAACUCAUUUCAGUCACUUUUGAACCAUAAUAUUACGCAUGCUUAUUUCUGUUGAUUCCAAUUAGAAACUUAAAGACUCCAGCUCAGCUACUUUAGACUUUCCACAUGAUUUGAAUUAGCAACCACAAGUCUCCUGGAUUGUUUACUUUUAAUAUUAACUUAGACAAACACUGAAUUUUGUAGUUAAUAUUCUGUAAGCAUCUCGGUUCCGGAAAGUUUUUUUAACACUUCUAGUCUAUUCAUCAAAUUAAAUCAAAUACAAAUUGACGAUUCGAAUUGAUUUACAUAAAAAAGUUGCAAACAUCAUCCUUUGUUCCUAAUUUUUUUAAAGGUGAGAUAAUUCUGUUUGUUUAGUUGCAAUAAUUAAUGUUGAUGAUUUUUGUCAGACACAUAUUUGGGGUUCAUGUGGGGAAUACAUAUUAAGUUCCCAUUCAAUCCUACUGACGGACCAGUUGAUAUGUUCUGUUUAAAUAAAGCCCAGUAAAAAACGUCACCUGACAUUUAUUAAUUUUAAAUGUUGUGGUUGACUCCAAAACUGAUUCAUGACCUGUUUAAUGCAGUUAUCUAAUAAGAUACCAUUUCAAAAAUGAAUAAUAUGUUUGUACAACAAAAUUAUUAUCAACUAUAUUCUUGCCACUACAUUUUUAAAAAAAACUAGAGUUGCCUUCACUUUUAAACGGUAUGCAAAACAUUCUGCGAUUAGUAUCUGCAUGAUGAAUUAAAAGCUCCAGUCCAAUCACACAAACUAGAUAAACUAUCAACAACUUCACUAAUUCAUUUCAUUUUCAGCGGUUCAUUUCUAGGCAAUAGGUUUAAUUCUCAUCUGAUUUUGCAACUUUCAUGCAAGGUAACACAUUUGGUAAUCAAUGGCAGCUUAUAAUUACAUUAUGCAAUAUAUAUUUUUAAUAAAAAUUUUC